GGUUGAUGUUUGGUUAGUUUAGUUGAGAGAGGUUGAUGUUUGUGUGUUAGUUAAGGUUGAGAUGCUCAGUGACAGUUCUGGUGUCAGCAGCUUUGAUACAGUCACGUCUCUGAGUUGGACAAAAUCGUUUUAUAGGAUCCUGGCUUUGGUAAGGAAUUGAGAGCAUCUGGCCACCAACCAGACUGAAAGCUUUAACUGGAGACUAUGUCUUAUCUCUGAGGAUGGGAGGAAGUGGAUCCAAAGCCAAAGGUGUCUGGCCUUUCUCAGGCAGUGGAGCCGGAGGAGAUUCAGCCAGUGAUGGGAACGAGCAGUCUUUGGCCCGUAUGAAAGGUUCAAGAAAUGCAACACCGUUUGUUUUUACCAGGAGGAGUUCUUUGUACUACGACGAGGACGGGGACCUUGCCCAUGAAUUCUAUGAAGAGACAGUGGUGACAAAAAAUGGCAGAAAAAAGUCCAAGUUGAAGAGGAUUCAGAAAAAUCUGAUUCCACAGGGAAUUGUGAAGCUCGACCACCCCUGUAUUCAUGUGGAUUUCCCCAUCGUCCUCUGUGAGGUGUGAAAAGUUGCACAGGACUGAUCUACUAUGAAUUGCAGCCACAGGUACUCGUCUUGGAGUGAAGUCUUGUUCCAGUCUCCAGGUGUUACGGUCAAGACCGGAACUGUGGUCUGGAGAGGAAAAGGAAAAUUCAAACUUUCAUAUUAAACUGAUAUAUUGAAUGAAAUGUUAUACAUUUGAAUUCAACUAUAGUCAGAGGGUGCCCCUAUUCACAAAAAAAAAAUCCAUAUUUUGUUAUUCACAAAAGUAGUGAUGGUACAGGUUGUGUUUCCACUACCCAGCUGACAUGUAAGCAGUCUUAGAGAAUACAUCAAAUGAAGUCGUAUUUCUCUUGUGAGUUUUUUGCAGGGAAAAACAUCCUCGAUGUGAAAAGGCUUUAAUGGUUCACGCCUUCUGUGAGACGUAGAGUGAAACUGUACGUGUCUUUGUAUAUGUACAUGUGUGCACUUAGGUUUGUUGGGAGUGAAUGUGUGUGAGAGGGGCUGAAGAUGAAGUUACAGUGUAGAAUAAUGAAGGAUUGUGACAUUUAUUGUAUAUAUGGUCAUGUUCUGUGUUGUCACGUCUGAGUCUGUCUCAGUUACCGAAGCUCAGACCUGCACUAGUGAACAUAAUGUACUGUAAAUAAUUUCAGAUUUCUUAGUUGGAAAUACUUGAAUAAAUGGUUUACUGAGCUGAA